GAGACUAAAAUGCUAGUGCAAAGAAUCAUCGCGGGGUGUUCAGUUACACGCCACUUGCUCCUCCACCCAUAUAGACGCACUGGCCACCAGAGACGGCUCUGGUUGGCCGAAAGAUGCAUGGUAUGGUAUGUGCACAGCAUGCCGGGAUGCUGUAUGCACGCAAACCAGACUCGGAGGUGAUGUUAUGAUUUCGAACGUUGGCGCCCAGAUGCCUCCAAGUUCCAUAUAGACUGUCUUUUCUCCACGGAAAAUGUUGUUUACGAGGAGUUUGACCCAAGAUCGCGACGCACGAGGCUCGUCACCAGUCAGCAAUGUAGAACAUUCGAAAGAAGAACACAGACCGGCAACGCGUACCGACUUACAGAUACCAACGCACGACCAACCAGCCUCUCCCGCAUCGCAGCAAGCCACUGAGCGGUCAUCGACGACAUCCGAAGAUGACCUCACGCCCGCCAACGUCCAGCCGGCAGCCGGACCGCAAGUUUCGCCGCAUGCGGGAAGGGUAGUUCGCGAAAGCGAUGACGUCAAUACACGGAAACAAAGCCCGGAAGCGCAUCGAACUAGUGCGGUAGAUGGCCAACACGAUGACAGUUCGGAACGUAAUGUACAAGAGAACAACACACUACCUGUGAACAGUGACGUCGUUCAGCCGCAGGCAAGCGAUCUGAGAGGGCACGACCAUAAUGCACAACAGGCGACAGAUGUCAGUCCGUUUUACUCGAUGCAACCGGUGUCUACGAGCGAGCCUGUGAUACAGUACAUUACGCUGAAGUGGCCCCGUGCCUAUUUCAAAGAGUCCGUAUUGAGCUGCGUAUGCUGCCCAUGCUGGUGUAUAAGCAUUGCUGCCAUAUACAACUCUAUGAUGGUAAGAGAUCUGCGGAACACGGGAGGAGACAUUGCUGAAGCCGCAGAGGCGUCCAAACGCACCAAGCUACUCAUCAUCAUCAGCAUUGUCGUCGGUAUUCUCGUGUGGUUCAUACUCGUACUGUCCGUUAUCUUCAGUUAAGCUUUAUAACACCCCCGUCAGACCGGGGUGGCGUCCUUACUGCGCUGCUACGGCGACAGAAAAUGGGCCCAGAGCGCGUCAAGGUCGCCAUAAGCGUGGUAUAAGCGUGGUGGAAACGCCAGACAUCGUGCUGUGGUCGCCAUCGUCGCCAAUCAUCGCCGAGUCACGGCGUUUGUUUUUAGCAUGUUCAACACAAACGCCAAGGUUUGGCGAUCUGACCUGGAACGCUGUGAGAACGCGGUGGAGUCGCGAAGGUCGUGAGACAAGCGUCGUAACAUCUCCAUGAACGUAGUACACGCGCAGUACACGCG